AUGGAAAAGGGUGCUAGUCAGAAGGCUCAACAGCCGUCCCAGAAGCAGCAGCAGCAACAAACGCUGGCACCGGCGUCCGUCCAAUCGUGUGCGUCUUCGGCGAAGCCCAUGGCUCCCGUUCAAGUGGCCGAUGAACCCGAACAACGGCAGGAGCAUGUCGUCGUGUCCCCGGAGGAGGUGACGGCACUAGCCCCCACCAUUACGAGCGCUCUGCUCGCCUUCACCAUUGAGCUGCACCAGAAGCUGCGCGAGGUGGGCGGCUCCAAGAACGUCCUCUUCUCGCCGUUUCUCGCCGCGGGCGCCCUGAUCGCGCUCUUUCACGGCGCUAGGGGGCGCGCGGCGCGCCACCUUGCGCGCCUGCUGCACCUGCACGAGUCAGACGCGCCUCGUGCCGUCGCGUACUUCGCGCGCUGCCACGACCAGCUGUUCGCCUCGUGGCCCAACCACCACCGGCAGGGCUUCAACGCCACGCACGACCUGGCGCUCAUACGGGACCGGAACCUGAACAUGCUGGCCGCGUACGUGGCCUCGCUGUCCCCCUGGUGUCGCACGGAGCCGGACUUCUUCGAGGCGGACAUGGGCAGCGCGGUCAUCCGCAUGGACCUGUGGAUCCGCGCCCUGACGGCGUUCGCCUUCCGCGAGUACGCCGUGUUCGAAUUCCCGCCGUCCACGGGCCGCGACCCGGUCCUGCUUGUUUCCAUCGCCGUGCUGUUCGUCAAGGGUCGCUGGCGGCAGCGCUUCGAGCCGGGCUUCGGCGACUUCCACGAGACGCCCAGCAAGAUGCGCGCCGUGCGCGUCAUGCGCCGACGCGGCAAGUUCCGCAUAGGCGACUGCGGUGACUUGGACGCCACGGCGCUGGAAAUCCCGUACCAGGACCCUAGCAAGACGAUGGUGGUGUUCCUCCCCCGGAUGGAGCGCCUCGCAGCGUUUGAGCACAGCUUGACGCCGGCCAAGCUGCUGCGGUGCCUGGCUAACCUCGAGGAGCGAGAGGUCGAAGUGACGAUGCCCGUGCUUCGUCUGAAGCGGCAUACCGAGCUGGCGCGCAUUGUGUCGAUGUUGGGCACGGCAGAGGUGUUCAAGAGCCGCGGCCAGCUGGGCGGGAUCAGCGACGACAAGAGCCUGUUCGUGUCCACGCUCACGCAUGUCACCGUGUUCCACGCGAACGCCAGGGGAGGAAAGGGGGCGCCCUCAACCGAGCCCCAGACCACCACCGGAUCGUCCCCGACGAGUUCUACGGCAGCACCGGAGCCGGUCAGGUUCACCGUUGACCGGCCUUUCAUGUUCCUUGUCAUGAACAAGGACCCCGACGCGGUGCUGGUCCUUGGAUCCGUCAAGCGGGUCUCCUCCAGGAAGAACAAAGCGCAGUCCGCUAAUUGACAGAAGCCGAGCGUCAUUGCCAUCACUGGCGCUUGGAUUGCGCUCCAGCGCCUCGUGUCAUCUAUCCUAGGUUUGAAGUGAAAGAAUAGACACACGAGGCGACGUUGCAU